UAAGGUUCAUUACACAGCUAAAUUGUUGUCACAUUGUGAAAUACCGCAAUAAUUAACAACGGAAACUUAAGGCACUUAAGAAGAAGAAUAAGGUUGUAGAAAAUUUAGCAGCAUAUAGAGCCGACUGUAUUGACAGAUUAAUGAGAGAAGGCUGUGAUUUAGAUCCAGUAAUCGGUGACACUGAAGCAGAGAAGCUGUUGCAGGAGUGACUUGUUGAUUUAAACUCUGUAAGUAACCAUGGCUUCAUCAUCAUCUAACAUAGACUUGUCCGGACCAUCGUUCUGUGUUGUCACUGGUGCGUCUCAAGGUAUAGGUAGAGCCAUUGCUGUGGAAAUAUCGAAACAUCUUGGACCCCAAUCGCUCAUGUUGCUGUUGGCUCGUAAAAAGCAAGAACUUGCUGUUACUGCUAGUCUCUGUGAGUCAGACAAGGUUAAAGUCUUGUACAAUUCUGUUGAUCUCUCCACUGCUUCUGAAAAAGAAAUGAAUCAGAUCCUCAAACAGGCUAUAGGUGGUCAUGAGCCUACUGACUUCUCAAACUGUCUGAUUUUCCAUAAUGUUGGUUCACUUGGUAACUUGGCAGUGGAAACAUCACGGAUGGAGAACAUUGAGGAGUUUAGAAAAUACUAUGAUCUGAAUGUGUUUAAGGUAAUCUCCCUAAAUACUCAGUUCCUCAAAAUUUUUGAGGAAAUUGAAGACAGGAUUAUUAUUGUUAACAUAACAUCACUUUGUGCGAUCAAGCCAAUGGGAGGUAUGGCCUACUAUUGUAGUGGAAAAGCUGCUAGAGAAAUGUAUUUCCGAGUCUUAGCAGAGGAAAAGAAACAGAUAAAAAUACUGAAUUACUCCCCUGGGCCCGUGGAGACAGCUAUGAUUGACAAUGUGCUGGAAGAAGCUGUCAAUGAAAAUCUGAAAGAUGUUUUUCAAUCGUUCAAAAGUCAAGGCACAUUGAUAAAACCAGAGAUCACAGCAAAGAAGUGCAUGAAGGUUUUACUCUCUGGAAAAUUUGCUCCAGGAGAACAUGUUGACAUCUUUGAUGUUGAAUAAAUUAUGAUUAUUAAAAGUUACUCUUUAAAAAUGAAUCUUUCCAAUUUUUUAAGUCUUGAAUAUCUUGAAUGUGGUAAAUUUUUGUGAUUGUUAUUAUAUUAAAAAUUAUAUAAUAUGAUGCUUGACAGUUGUCAUUGAAUCUCAUUCCUAACAUGUUCUUGUUGAAUAGAGUAGCAUUUUUAACAAGUUGACUAUUAUAUUUGUAAUUAUCAAUAUAAUUCUAAUAACAUUCCAUUAUAUGUGUGUCUAAUGUAUGUGCUUAAAAUAUAUUUAUGAAUGCAAUUCAUAUUAUGAAAUAAAUGCUUGAAUUUGAA